CUUUCGCUUCACUUUGUCUCACUUUCUCUAGAAUCUCUAGAAAAAAGAAUUGCUCUACCCUUUAUUUAAUGAUAGUCAGAGACUAUUAAAUAAAAAAGAAAAUACUUACUACUAAUUGGAUUAGAACCUAAUUAAAAUAGGAUGAUUAAUAUAUAUUAAAAUAGGAUGAUUAAUAUAUACAUCCUAAUGAGGAGUAAUACUAAAAAAAAGAACUCUAUUUCAGAAUUAUGAAACAGAAUAUCCUGUUUUAUUAUUUACUCUUUCUUUUUUUUUUUCUUUCGAUUUUUUCUAUUUUAUUUAAAGUGGAUCGAUUUAGAUAAUGUAUAUGAUAGUAAUAUACUUCAAAUAAAAUAGGAAUUCGCAAAAUGGAGAAAAUCGUUGCAGUCAUUAUAGGAAAGUAUGGGAAGACUUAGAGCAUAUCCUAUUUAAAGGAGGAUGAAAUUCAAAUCAGGUAAGGGAUCCUUCCUUCUAUUGAUUUGAUCAAAAUUCUUUUUUCUUUUCCUGUCUCUCUGAUUUGCGUUUCGAUGAAUGAGCCUAUGGUAAUGCUUUUAUCUCUAUUCUAUGGCGCAAUCGACCGUCGAGUCUAUAAACAAGUACUAAAUAAGGAAAAGAAAACUAUACUAAAGGAAACAUAAGAUAUCCAUCCUAAAAUGGAAAAAAGACGUAUAUAUUAGGGCUAUACGGAUUCGAACCGUAGACCUUCUCGGUAAAACAGAUCAAACAGAUUAUUAUCGAAAUGAUUCGAACUGUUUCAAAGACCCAACAUGCAUUUUUCUGCAUUGGGCUCUUUCAUCAACUAAUGUAAAGAUCAGUUAAUUCGCCAUAGUUUUUCUUUAGGGAAAGAUAAUAAGAUGGCUCCCUGUGCUCUGAUUGAUUAUUUGUCUUAUGAUCUAUCUAGGAACAAUACCAAAGUGUUUCAAAGGAGGAUUACCUUGACUUAGGUCUGCCUCCGGCCUAAAUUAAAUCAACCUAAGUGAAAUGGAGUCUCUAUCGUUCCGCUGCAAGAGUUUACUAUGAGACUUCAUACACCUUAAAGUUCAUAGAACGAAAAGAAGUUUUUUGGAGGCCCUUAUCCUCAUUACGCCUAGCAUUGAGUGGGCUGGAUAUUUACCUUAUCAACUAGCAAAUCAAUAGGAGUUCUAUUUGAGUAAGCACCUUAAUUGGCACCUGAAUCGGACUGAACCAGCUGUUUGUCAUUGUCAGGCUACUGUUCUUCUAUUCUUUCGAAUCCAUGAAGUAAGACAUUGAUUUUGCAACAAGGUCAAUUAUGUUCAUUGCAUAAAAAGUUCCCUUGAAAAGCAUUGGCGCACGUGUAAACGAGUUGCUCUACCGAACUGAGCUAUAGCCCUUGUCAGAGAUAUCUUAACAUAUAGAUAAUUUCUUGUCAAGAUGAAUAUUCUCUAAUGCCAGAGGAUAUCCCUUUGAUCCGUUUACUAUAUAACAUAAACAUACCAAUAACGGAGCGGUAUUGCUUAUAAAAAGGAUUCAAUCUAUAAUCGAUCGAAGUAAUGGGGCUUCUUUUGUGGUGAUAAAUUGCCUACUUAACUCAGUGGUUAGAGUAUUGCUUUCAUACGGCGGGAGUCAUUGGUUCAAAUCCAAUAGUAGGUAGGUAGGUAGAAAAAUUACUAGAUAGCAUUGGACUUACUUCGCUUCGCUAUCUAAUAACUUUUUCUACCCUUCUUUCCUUUUUCUUUGUAUCAACGAAAUCUUUGGAUUGUCUUCAAUUGGAUGGGGGAAUCCAAUUGACAGCCUCGACUCGUAUCCUAGCUCGUCUGAGAGCUAGCUUCGCUUCAACCAAUUCUUUCGUACCUUCAGCUUUACUCAAGUUAGCUUCGGCUAUUUCAAGUGCCUGUUGAGCUUCUUCUGGAUCAAUGUCACUACCCAGUUCUGCAUCAUUUCCUAAAAUGAUGAUCUCAUUAUUAACUAUUCUUGCAAAACCACUCCACAGAACCGCCGUUAACCAUUGGUCGUUCAGGAGGCGUAUUCUCAAAGGACCCAUAUCUACAGCUGUGUUAAUGGGGGCGUGGUUUGGUAAUACACCAAUUUGGCCACUAUUAGUAGAUAAAAUGAUUUCUUUCACUUCACAAUCCCAAAUAAUUCGUUUAGGAGUCAGUACAUAAAGAUUUAAUUUCAUUUCUUCAAUUUGCUCUCCUCUUCUAAGUUUAUAGCUUUCGUGCUAGCUUCAUCGAUGUUCCCCACUAAAUAAAAAGCCUGUUCGGGUAGGCCGUCUAAUUCUCCGGAAAGGAUUAGUUGAAAUCCCCUAAUUGUUUCUGCAAGACCAACAUACUUUCCUGGAGAACCGGUAAAAACUUCUGCCACAAAGAACGGUUGUGAUAAGAACCGCUCGAUUUUUCGUGCUCUUGCUACAGUUAAACGAUCCUCCUCCGAUAAUUCAUCCAAUCCAAGAAUUGCGAUAAUGUCCUGAAGUUCUUUGUAACGUUGUAAAGUUUCCUUAACUCUUUGCGCAGUUUCAUAAUGUUCGUUGCCAACAAUCCGAGGCUGUAACAUAGUUGAGGUUGAAUCUAAAGGAUCCACUGCGGGAUAAAUACCCUUGGAAGCUAAUCCUCUGGAAAGUACGGUAGUAGCGUCCAAAUGUGCAAAUGUUGUGGCAGGAGCAGGGUCGGUCAAAUCGUCUGCAGGUACAUAAACUGCUUGGAUCGAAGUUAUAGAUCCCUUUUUGGUAGAAGUAAUUCUUUCUUGCAAAGAACCCAUUUCUGUACUAAGGGUAGGUUGAUAACCCACUGCGGAGGGCAUUCUGCCUAAUAAGGCGGAUACUUCCGAUCCUGCUUGAACAAAACGAAAGAUAUUAUCGAUGAAUAAAAGCACGUCUUGCUUAUUAACAUCUCGGAAAUAUUCUGCCAUAGUUAGGGCAGUUAAACCAACUCUCAUACGAGCUCCCGGCGGUUCAUUCAUUUGGCCAUAGACUAGAGCUACCUUUGAUUCCUCAAUAUUUUUUUCAUUAAUUACUCCGGAUUCCUUCAUUUCCAUAUAAAGAUCAUUUCCUUCACGAGUCCGUUCCCCUACUCCGCCAAAUACGGAUACGCCUCCAUGAGCUUUAGCAAUGUUAUUGAUUAAUUCCAUGAUGAGUACUGUUUUACCUACUCCUGCCCCCCCAAACAGUCCGAUUUUUCCUCCACGUCGAUAGGGAGCUAAAAGAUCGACCACCUUAAUACCUGUUUCAAAGAUAGAUAAUUUCGUAUCUAACUCGAUAAAGGCAGGCGCAGAUCUAUGAAUAGGAAAUGUUGCACUAGUAUCCACAGGACCCAAAUUGUCAAUAGGCUCCCCAAGAACGUUAAAAAUUCGUCCGAGAGUAGCUCCACCGACUGGAACACUGAGAGGAGUUCCCGUGUCAAUCACUUCCAUUCCUCUCAUCAACCCCUCUGUAGCACUCAUAGCCACAGCUCUAACUCGAUUAUUUCCUAAUAAUUGUUGUACCUCACAAGUCACAUUAAUUUGCUUAUCGGCAGUGUCUCGACUCUUGACUAUCAAAGCAUUAUAAAUAUAAGGCAACUUGCCCGGGGGAAAAGUGAUAUCCAGCACGGGUCCAAUAAUUUGAUCAAUACGCCCUACGCUUUUUUCUUCAAUUGUGGAAAUCCCGGGACGCGAAGUAGUAGGAUUGGUUCUCAUAAUUAUCACAUAAUUUUCAAAAAAAAAGGAAUUUGUCGAAAUUUUUUUUCUUGUUGAAUAAUGCCAAAUCAAAAAAAAUAUCCAAAAAUCCAAAAGUCAAAAGGAAAUGAAUUAGUUAAUUCAAUAAAAAAGAAAAGGGGACUCGCACUUGAUUUCGUUGCCCAAGCGAAUCCCAUUCAAUCGUUUACUUAUGGAAUGAAUCCGUUGGAAAGUUCAAUCCAUUUUUUUCAUAUAAAUUUCGCCUUUUGUGAAGGAUCUGUGCCUACUCUACUUUCCUAUCUAGGACUUCGAUAUACAAAAUAUAUACUACUGUGAAGCAUAGAUUGCUGUCAACAGAGAAUUUUCUUAGUAUUUAGGUAUUUAGAUUCAAAAUAUCAAAGGGGAAGAACUUUAAAAAUUGUAAAAUAAAGAUUAGGGUUUGGGUUGCGCUAUAUCUAUCAAAGAGUAUACAAUAAUGAUGGAUUUGGUGAAUCAAAUCCACGGUUUAAUAACGAACCGUGUUAACUUACCAUAACAACAACUCAAUUCCUAUCGAAUUCCUUCCUAUCGAAUUCCUAUAGUAAAAUUCCUAUAGGAUAGAACGUACACAGGGUGUACACAUUAUAUAUGAAUGAAACAUAUUCAUUAACUUAAGCAUACUCCUUUUUUUAUUUAAUGAGUUGAUAUUAAUUAAAUAUCUUUUUUUUUAGAUUUUUGCAAAGGUUUCAUUUACGCCUAAUCCAUAUCGAGUAGACCCUGUCGUUGUGAGAAUUCUUAAUUCAUGAGUUGUAGGGAGGGACUUAUGUCACCACAAACAGAAACUAAAGCAAGUGUUGGAUUUAAAGCUGGUGUUAAGGAUUAUAAAUUGACUUACUACACCCCGGAGUACGAAACCAAGGAUACUGAUAUCUUGGCAGCAUUCCGAGUAACUCCUCAGCUCGGGGUUCCGCCUGAAGAAGCAGGAGCUGCAGUAGCUGCGGAAUCUUCUACUGGUACAUGGACAACUGUUUGGACUGAUGGACUUACCAGUCUUGAUCGUUACAAAGGACGAUGCUAUCACAUCGAGCCCGUUCCUGGGGACCCAGAUCAAUAUAUCUGUUAUGUAGCUUAUCCAUUAGACCUAUUUGAAGAGGGUUCUGUUACUAACAUGUUUACUUCCAUUGUGGGUAACGUAUUUGGUUUCAAAGCCUUACGCGCUCUACGUUUGGAGGAUCUACGAAUUCCCCCUGCUUAUUCAAAAACUUUCCAAGGUCCGCCUCACGGUAUCCAAGUUGAAAGGGAUAAGUUGAACAAGUACGGUCGUCCUUUAUUGGGAUGUACUAUUAAACCAAAAUUGGGAUUAUCCGCAAAAAAUUACGGUAGAGCGUGUUAUGAGUGUCUACGCGGUGGACUUGAUUUUACCAAAGAUGAUGAAAACGUAAACUCACAACCAUUUAUGCGCUGGAGAGACCGUUUUGUCUUUUGUGCCGAAGCAAUUUAUAAAGCACAAGCCGAAACUGGUGAAAUCAAGGGGCAUUACUUGAAUGCGACUGCAGGUACAUGCGAAGAAAUGAUUAAGAGAGCUGUAUUUGCAAGGGAAUUAGGGGUUCCUAUUGUAAUGCAUGACUACUUAACAGGAGGAUUCACCGCAAAUACUACUUUGUCUCAUUAUUGCCGCGACAACGGCCUACUUCUUCACAUUCACCGAGCAAUGCAUGCAGUUAUUGAUAGACAGAAAAAUCAUGGUAUGCAUUUCCGUGUAUUAGCUAAAGCAUUGCGUAUGUCGGGGGGAGAUCAUAUCCACUCCGGUACAGUAGUAGGUAAGUUAGAAGGGGAACGCGAAAUAACUUUAGGUUUUGUUGAUUUAUUGCGCGAUGAUUUUAUUGAAAAAGAUCGUUCUCGCGGUAUCUUUUUCACUCAGGACUGGGUAUCCAUGCCAGGUGUUAUACCGGUGGCUUCUGGGGGUAUUCAUGUUUGGCAUAUGCCAGCUCUGACCGAAAUCUUUGGAGAUGAUUCCGUAUUACAAUUUGGUGGAGGAACUUUAGGACAUCCUUGGGGAAAUGCACCUGGUGCAGCAGCUAAUCGUGUGGCUUUAGAAGCCUGUGUACAAGCUCGUAACGAAGGGCGCGAUCUUGCUCGUGAAGGUAAUGAAAUUAUCAAAGCAGCUUGCAAAUGGAGUGCUGAACUAGCCGCAGCUUGUGAAAUAUGGAAGGAGAUCAAAUUUGAUGGUUUCAAAGCGAUGGAUACCAUAUAAAAUAAAAAAAAAAGCAAAAUAGAAAGAGAAAAAAUAAGUUAAGAAAUGCAGUAAUUCUUCUUUAUUCCUCUAAUUGAUUGCAAUUCAAUUCGGCUCAAUCUUUUCUAAAAAAAAAAAAGACUGAGCCGAAUUGAAAUAGAUCUUGAUACGAUCAUGAGACUUGACAAAUCGAGAUUCUUCUAUUCUAUAUAUCUAGAAUAUAGAAAGGUAUAAUACAAUAAACAAAUAUAAAUCAAAAUAUAGUAUUAUCGUACGAUAAUGGAAUCAAAUACGCAGUAUUUACAGAAAAGAGUCUUCGUUUAUUGGGAAAGAAUCAAUAUACUUUUAAUGUCGAAUCGGGAUUCACUAAGACAGAAAUAAAGCAUUGGGUCGAACUCUUCUUUGGUGUUAAGGUAGUAGCUGUGAAUAGCCAUCGACUACCCGGAAAGGGUAGAAGAAUGGGACCUAUUCUGGGACAUACAAUGCAUUACAGACGUAUGAUCAUUACCCUUCAACUGGGUAUUCUAUUCCACUUCUACUUUUUAAAUUAAAGGGUAUUCUGAAAGAGGUAUUUCUUUUAUUUUCACAAUAGCUUUCUUUUGAAUCCAAUUUCAAGUUCGAUUAGAAGGAUAGAAAGGCGAUGAGAAUGGGAAAAGAAAAAUAAAAUAUUUUAUUUUAAUGAGUUCCCCUUUUGAGUUCCCCUUUUUUGCAAUUUUCUUAUUAUCAAUUCCAUUCAUUUAUUUUAUAGAAUACUUUUUUAUUCUAUAUCUAUAAAAAAUCUUUAUUUUGUAAACUAAAAAAUACAAUAGUCAAUAUUCCUUAUAAUAGAUAUACUUAAUUAUAUCAUAAGAAUCUUAAGAUAUAUUUCGAAUAGAUAGAAAUAGUAAAUUUGAAUUGAGACACAUAUUCUAUGACAGAUUUUAACUUACCCUCUAUUUUCGUACCUUUAGUAGGCUUAGUAUUUCCGGCAAUUGCAAUGACUUCCUUAUUUCUUUAUGUGCAGAAAAAUAAGAUUGUCUAGAAACGACGGGGCCAAAUUUUCUCAAUGUAUUUCCAGGAUCAUAAUACAGAUAUUUUUUUGUGUAAGUACUAUAAUAUGAUAGGGUAUGUAGCUCUUUCUACACACAAAUGAAAAACGUCUAUGGAUGCAGAUAUAAGCUACGAGCAUAAAUGCAUGCAUAUGCGUAGCCGACUAUAGCGAGUUUUUUUUUUUAAGUGGAUCCACUAAUUUUUUUUGAAUAGAAAGUCAAUGUAUCUAACCAAUUAUUUCACAGGAGUACUAGCUACUGAAGGCUAUUUCAGAAUCAAAAAAAGUAAAGUAAAAAUCAUUUAGCUUAUUCUCUCAAUUUCAAUUGACCGCUACUGGAUUUAGUAUAUCUAAUAUGAAUUGGCGAUCAGAACACAUAUGGAUAGAACUUCUAAAAGGUUCUCGAAAAAGAGGUAAUUUUUUCUGGGCCUGUAUUCUUUUUCUAGGUUCAUUAGGAUUCUUAGCGGUUGGGGCUUCCAGUUAUCUUGGUAAGAAUAUGAUAUCUGUACUUCCAUCUCAACAAAUUCUUUUUUUUCCACAGGGGGUCGUGAUGUCUUUCUACGGAAUCGCGGGCCUAUUCAUUAGCUCCUAUUUGUGGUGCACUAUUUUAUGGAAUGUAGGCAGUGGUUAUGACCGAUUCGAUAGAAAAGAGGGAAUAGUGUGCAUUUUUCGUUGGGGAUUCCCUGGAAUAAAACGUCGCAUCUUCCUUCAAUUCCUUGUGCGGGAUAUCCAAUCAAUUAGAAUUCAGGUUAAAGAGGGUCUUUAUCCUCGUCGUAUCCUUUAUAUGGAAAUCCGGGGCCAGGGGGUCAUUCCCUUGACUCGUACUGAUGAGAAGUUUUUUACUCCACGAGAAAUUGAACAAAAAGCUGCCGAAUUGGCCUAUUUCUUGCGUGUACCAAUUGAAGUAUUUUGAGUACCAAUUGCAAUUUUUUGCAAUUGUAAGGGGAUUUUCGAGUAUUUAUCUAAAGUAAAGGAAGGAACAAACGAGGAUAAGAGAAAAUUGCUUCGAAUUUGUUUUGUCCAAGUGAGAUAUAUGGCAUACUAUUCUUCCAUUUUUAUACGAAAGGCCUUUUUUUAUUUCUCUAUUCCACUCCAUUUAGAUCUAAGAAAGAACCCAAUACAAUGAAAUUCCACUAGUAUACAAAAAGAGAAAUAGAUACAAACACAAGGUCUCAAACCUUGUUAUAGAAUUUUUGCUUCAAAGAAAAGAAAUAUCAUAUAUAUUCAGCUUACAGAUCAAAAAUGAAAAAAAAGAAAGCAUUGCCUUCUUUCUUAUAUCUUGUAUUUAUCGUACUUUUGCCCUGGGGAGUCUCUUUCUCUUUUAACAAAUGUCUGGAACUUUGGAUUAAGAAUUGGUGGAAUACCAGGCAAUCCGAAACUUUCUUAACUGAUAUUCAAGAGAAAAGGAUUCUAGAAGGAUUCAUAGAAUUAGAGGAACUUUUUCUCUUGGACGAAAUGAUAAAAGAGAAACCGAAGACACAUGUACAAAAACUUCCUAUAGGAAUACACAAGGAAAUAAUACAAUUGGCCAAAAUAGAUAAUGAGGAUCAUCUCCAUAUCAUUUUGCAUUUCUCAACAAAUAUAAUCUGUUUGGCUAUUCUAAGUGGUUCUUUUUUUCUGGGUAAAGAAGAACUUGUCAUUUUGAAUUCUUGGGUUCAGGAAUUUUUCUAUAACUUAAAUGAUUCAAUAAAAGCUUUUUUUAUUCUUUUAGUUACUGAUUUUUUUGUUGGAUUUCACUCUACCCGCGGUUGGGAACUACUAAUUCGUUGGGUCUACAACAAUCUUGGAUGGGCUCCUAACGAGCUAAUUUUCACUAUUUUUGUUUGUAGUUUUCCUGUGAUUCUAGACACGUGUUUGAAAUUUUGGGUCUUUUUUUGUUUAAACCGUCUAUCUCCUUCACUUGUAGUCAUUUAUCAUUCAAUUAGUGAAGCAUAAACUCACUCAUUUCAUUUCCUAAUAUUAAUCAAAUUAGCAUAUUUCUUUUCUUCCUUUAGAAAUAGAAAGAAAGCCCUUUUCCUUUUUAACAAAAUUCUUUCUAUUUCUACCUGCUCAAGGUAUUCAUCAUUCUAGUACAACUAUUGCAGUAGAAUGACAACAGACUCGUGUAUAGGGAACUAGAUUAGCUUAGCUACCUAUCUAAUUUAUUGUAGAAAUUCCGGGAUCCGCGAUUGGACAUGGAAAAUAGAAAAACUUUUUCUUGGUUAAAGGAACAGAUGAUUCGAUCGAUUUCUGUAUCGAUCAUGAUAUACGUAAUAACUCGCACAUCUAUUUCAAACGCAUAUCCCAUUUUUGCGCAGCAGGGUUAUGAAAACCCGCGGGAAGCAACUGGACGAAUUGUAUGUGCCAAUUGCCAUUUAGCUAAUAAGCCUGUGGAUAUUGAAGUUCCCCAAGCAGUGCUUCCUGAUACUGUAUUUGAAGCAGUUCUUCGAAUUCCUUAUGAUAUGCAGCUGAAACAAGUUCUUGCUAAUGGUAAAAAGGGAGGGUUGAAUGUGGGUGCUGUUCUUAUUUUGCCCGAGGGAUUCGAAUUAGCGCCGCCCGACCGUAUUUCUCCUGAGUUGAAAGAAAAGAUAGGAAAUCUCUCUUUUCAGAGUUAUCGUCCCAAUAAAAAAAAUAUUCUUGUGAUAGGCCCUGUUCCCGGUAAGAAAUAUAGUGAAAUUGUCUUUCCCAUUCUUUCCCCCGAUCCCGCUACAAAAAAAGACGUUCAUUUCUUAAAAUAUCCCAUAUAUGUAGGGGGAAACCGAGGAAGGGGACAGAUCUAUCCUGACGGUAGCAAGAGUAACAAUACGGUCUAUAAUGCUACGUCAACAGGUAUAGUAAAAAAAAUACUACGUAAAGAAAAGGGGGGAUAUGAAAUAUCCAUAGUGGAUGCAUCGGAUGGACGCCAAGUGAUUGAUAUUAUACCUCCCGGGCCAGAACUUCUUGUUUCAGAGGGGGAAUCAAUCAAGCUUGAUCAACCAUUAACAAGCAAUCCUAAUGUAGGAGGGUUUGGUCAGGGGGAUGCAGAAAUAGUGCUUCAGGAUCCAUUGCGCGUCCAAGGCCUUUUGUUUUUCUUCGCAUCUGUUAUUUUGGCACAAGUUUUUUUGGUUCUCAAAAAGAAACAGUUUGAAAAGGUUCAAUUGUACGAAAUGAAUUUCUAGAUCCUGGGAUUUCUUACCAUCAAGUGAGAAAAAAGCCUCGAUUUCUGGAAUUCCUUAUUUCUAUCUCAUGCAAAAGAAGAGGAUCCAAGGCAAAGACGAGAACAAUAAAAGGAACAAGUCCUUUUAGGAGGAAUUGUGGGUCUUCUUAAUCCUCUAUUGGGCACAAGAAAAAGGCUUUUUUGCCUUUUUCUUGUGUCGAUUCUUCUUGUAUCGAAGUAAGAAUCAUUUUUCUUCUUAUUUGUUUUGUCAAAGAUUACUAUUUAUUCUUUAUUCGGGUCUGUCUUUUGGACUUCCUUUGCUUAGGUUCGGGCGCGGUAGUGGACAAACAGAGGGAAAGAAGGUAUGGCGGGGGACACAUUUCUUGUGAGCAAAUAGAAUUGCUUUACUUUUUGAAUUAAGUUCAACUUUGAACUUACAGAAAUUUUGUAAAAAAAAAUCUAUACCCUCCCAUGGAAGGGUGGUUUUGAUUUUUAGGCUAGUUGAGUAGUUUUGAUUAAGGUUUUAUUAGUUUAUUACUCUAAACUAAAUCAACGAUUUGCAGGAUACUUCCUUCAUGGAAUAAAAUACUGGAUCCUCUCCCCUCUUUCUUGUUGCUUCAUAAGAGUGAAUCCAUUUUAUGGGCGAAAGGCGGGGGCUUUAAAUCGACCGAUGGAUUGCUUCACUCACUAACAUCAUUAACAAACAAAAGAAUAAAUGGAGGGAUUCCAACCAUCAGAGCAAAGGUUUUCUCUUUGUUAUUUUUACAAAUAGAAAUAGGUAACCAAUUUCUAGAUUAUGGAACAAAACCGCGUUAUAACAAUAAGAAUUCCGCGGGCCCUUUCCGCUCUAAUCAGAUAAAGGGGAGUAAGGACCCGCUAAGUUCCUACUUUUUCAUGUUUACAAUCUGGAUCCUCCGAUUACUAUAGAGAUGAACCCAAUCCAGAAUACGAACCGUAAAAGAAAACACCUAUUAAACCAAUCACAAGAAUACCAGUUACAGUACCUAUCAGCCAAAGAGGAAUUCUUCCAGUAGUAUCGGCCAUUUCCCCUACUUUCCUCCACAUUUUCUCAAGUGGUCAUGCUAGAGACAAAAACAGUCAUGGAUAGUUAUAAAGAUGGUAUCCUUCCAAAUGGGAUAAGAGAAUUCUUACUACUCUCUUUCUUUCUCUCAAUUGAAGAAGUAAUUGGAAAAUAAAACAGCAAGUACAAAAAUGAGUAAUAAACCCCAGUAUAGACUGGUACGAUUCAAUUCAACAUUUUGUUCAUUCGGGUUUGAUUGUGUCAUAGUUCUAUAGUUGGAAUUUGGUUUAUCGUUGGAUGAACUGCAUUGCUGAUAUUGAUCCCAAGAAAAAAACCGUGGGUACAGCUAAUCCGUGAACAGCCAGCCAUCGCACUGUAAAAAUAGGAUAGGUUCGAUCUAUGGUCAUUGGGGGCCUCCUAAAAGGAUCUACUAAAUUCAUCUAGUUGUUCUAAAGAAUCAAAACGGUCGGUUAUUAAUGGAAUUCCUUGUCGGCUUUCCGUGAAAUACUCGUUUGGUCGAGGACUUCCAAACACGUCAUAAGCUAAACCCGUACUGACAAAUAACCAACCCGCAAUGAAUAGGGAAGGUAUAGUAAUGCUAUGAAUAACCCAGUAUCGAAUACUGGUAAUAAUAUCAGCAAAAGAACGUUCUCCCGUGCUUCCAGACAUGCUGAGCUCCCAAAAUUUUUAUUCAAAAAAGGAAUUGAUUCCGUAAAAGAUGGGAUCCACCAGUAAAUAGAAAAUUACUGAUAUUUCAUCCUUGUGAGAUUGUCAAUUUUGUACCAAAGGUGUAUUUUGAGUAUACCGAAUUAGUAUAGCUAUCCUUCCUAUGGCACAGCAAUCCAGUUUUGCUUGGUCCCGAAACAGAAUUCCUUUUUUCUCUUUUUUGUUCCUUGUCUAUAGGAAAAUUACAUGUUAUUCAAGGCAUCAAUAGAACCCCACAAUUUUUUGGGUCCUACUUAUUUUCAUUGUCUUCGGAAUAGUAGAAUAAUUUAAUUUGGAAUAGCGGCCAAGAUCUUGGGAAAAUCUAAGUUAAUGAUUAAUAAGAUAAAGAAUUUAGGAAGGAUAUUCUCAUAUUGACGCAAUACAAAGAUAAGUAUAUGCAAAAUCGAUCCCUUUUUAGUUAAAGGAAUUUAAUUGGUUAGCAUAAAAUAAUAUCUAAUAAAUAGAAAAUCGAAUAGCGGAUAAUCCGUUAUGAAAGAAACGGAAUACAUUCUUUGAAGAAUCAAGAUUCGUAAUCAAUCCUUGUCUUGUUUGUUGGAUUAGGUCUAAUUUUCUUGACCAAACAGCAAGCAUGGAACUUUACAAGAAGAACUUAAAAGAAAAGGAUAAUUGAAGUAACUUUGAAUCCACUUUUGUUGGGGUUCAAAAAACGAAUAAAAAUAAAUAAAAAAAAGUAAAUUUUAGGAAUAGUUCCCUUUUUGAGGGGGCCCCUCGGGGGUCGUGGAAUGCUUUUCUUCUCCUCUUAUUCCAUAUGGAAUACAAUGAGUUAAAAUUUGCUCCAAAAAGAGGAUGAAAUCCAUCCUAUUAAAAAAGAAAUAAUCCGAAUCCGAAAUAGAAAGAAUUUUUUUUUUUUUUUUCAAAUUCAAUUCUUUAUUUAUCUUUUAUUCCAAAAUUCUCCCGAAAAUCCAAUUUCAUUUUUCAAUGGGGUUAGAUGAUCUAGUUCUUAAUAUUAUUAGUUUACUUAACUGACAGAUUCCACAACAAAUCUCUUGAUUCGGAAUUAGGGACUCAUGUUCCGUCUGAUGAAUCGAUUUUCUCUUUUUUUUACACUUCUGUAUCUCACUCUAUCUUGUUUUUUAGUAUUAUCUAAAAUAACCGAUGAAUUAUGAAUUUUCCAUAACUUAAACUUAGGUAAGUGCUUUACCAACAUAUGUAGUGUAGUAAAAAAAAUGGAAUUGAACCCCUUCAUGCUUACUAUAACUAGUUAUUUCGGUUUUCUACUGGCUGCUUUAACUAUAACCCCAGCUCUAUUUAUUAGCUUGAACAAGAUACGUCUUAUUUGAAAUGAAUUGAAUAGAAGAAUCUUUCUUUUGGAUUCUUGGUAUUCUAGACUCUUUUCCACACUAAUUACCAAUUCUUUUCUUGGUCAUUGAGAUUCGUGGGUAGUUUAGACUAUUAUUUAGAGAUAGAUCGUACCUCUUUUUUUAUCCCCUCGAACAAAUCGAAAUGAUUGAAGUUUUUCUAUUUGGAAUCGUCUUAGGCCUAAUUCCUAUUACUUUAGCGGGAUUAUUCGUGACUGCGUAUUUGCAAUACAGGCGUGGGGAUCAGUUGGAUCUUUGAUUGAGUAAUAUUUCUUUUUUGAUUGACCUCCUCUCUGGUCUGGAGGAGGUCAAAUUGGAGUUGCAAUUCUACUUUGUUUUUUUUUAAGUUAUUUUAGUUUCGACAUAAGAUAUAUGGAAUCACGCUCUGUAGGAUUUGAACCUACGACAUCGGGUUUUGGAGACCCGCGUUCUACCAAACUGAACUAAGAGCGCUUUCAAAACAAAAAAAAAAAGAAAAUCCUUUUCUAUUCCUAACGUGUCUCACGUCCGUAUAGUAUCCACAAAUUCAAGUUAUACCCACUUUAAUCGAUCUCCCCACUACUGCCCAUAACGAAGAGAGAAUUAAUAGGUAGGGAUGACAGGAUUUGAACCUGUGACAUUUUGUACCCAAAACAAACGCGCUACCAAGCUGCGCUACAUCCCUUUUCCAAAUUGUUGUACAAUGCCAUUGUACACAAUUCCUUUCUUGUUUUCCACAUCGUAAUUUUCUUCUAUUUCUUUAUCCAUAUAGAACUUUCUUGUCAUUUCUUGUUUUUGGUCUCAUAUAAUCAAGGAAGGGGUAUAAACUAAAAUCCAGUCAAAUUUCACCUAUAAAAGAAAGACUACUAUUCCUUAGUAAUGUAUAGGAAGAAGGGGUCAUCUUUUUUAGGGAUAGGAAAAUCUCGUCUAUACGGUUCAUUCUAUAUAUAUAUAAUAUUUAUUUUGUUUUUUUAGUUAGGAAUUUCGCCUAAACAAAAGAAAUACAAAGGAUCUUGGGCAAGAGUAUCUGAUCAUAUAUGUAUUCCAAUACGGAAGGAGGAUUUUCAAUGCGGGAUAUAAAAACAUAUCUCUCUGUAGCACCCGUGCUAAGUACUCUAUGGUUUGGGGCUUUAGCAGGUUUAUUGAUAGAAAUCAAUCGUUUAUUCCCAGAUGCUUUGUCAUUCCCUUUUUUUUAAUUCUAGUUAUUCCUAUGCGAGAGAUAGAAUUCUUCGUGACAUGACGAAAAUUUCCCCUUUUUGAAUUCUUUUUUAGUAUAUGAAGCAAAAAGAAAGAAAAGAUGGAUAAGGAUUGUAUUCUUUAAUUAUUUCUCUAUGUUUUAUUACUUAAUUUACGAAUUUCAAAAAUUUUGUAUUCUAUUGGAUUGGAUUUGUUCGAUAAUUCGAAGAAUUACAACAAAAUCUUUAGAAAUCACAUUUUUAGUUAGGAACUUCUAUGGAUUUUAUUCUUCUUCUUUUCUUUGGAUCCAAAAUAGAAGAAUAAAAGAAUAGGUAUAAGAAUUAAGUUAAGUCGAUCCAAAAAGGAAAGGAGGUUCAUGGCCAAGGGCAAAGAUGUUAGAAUCCGAGUUAUUUUGGAAUGUAUUAGUUGUGUUCGAAAGGGUACCAAUAAGGAAUCGACGGGGAUUUCUAGAUAUAGUACUCAAAAGAAUCGCCACAAUACGCCCGGACAAUUAGAAUUAAGAAAAUUUUGUCGUUAUUGUCGCAAGCAUACCACUCAUAAUGAAAUAAAGAAAUAGGAGCAUCGUGUGUUCGAUUUUUCCAAAGAACAGAAAGAGUAAGAACUUCUUAUUAAAUAUAUAGAACAUAGAUAGAAUACUAAAUACAAAUCAACUCAUCUGAUUUUAGGUAGAUAUUAUUUCAUAUGUAUAGAGGGUUUUUAUUUUUAUAUAUUUGGAUUUUUUAUAUUUUUAUAUAGUAUAUUUUGAUUUAAUCAAUUUAUAUAGUAUAUUUUGAUUUAAUCAAAUAAUAUAUGGACCAAAGAAAGACUACUUCUUCUGGUUCUGGAUCAAAAAUUAAUAAAAGAAAGAAAUCCAUUUUUUUUUUUCAAAUUUUAAAAUAAGGAAUAAAUCAUGUAUAUAUCUAAACAACCUUUUCGUAAAUCUAAGCAACCCUUUCGUAAAUCCAAACAAACUUUUCAUAAAUCUAAGCAACCUUUUCGUAAAUUCAAACAACCUUUUCGUAAAUCUAAGCAACCUUUUCGUAAAUCCAAACAACCUUUUCGUAGGCGUUCUCGAAUAGGCCCGGGGGAUCGAAUUGAUUAUAGAAACAUGAGUUUAAUUAAUCGAUUUAUUAGUGAACAAGGAAAAAUAUUAUCUAGACGAAUAAAUAGAUUAACCUUGAAACAACAACGAUUAAUUACUCUUGCUAUAAAACAGGCUCGUAUUUUAUCUUUCUUACCAUUUCGUAACUAUGAGAAUGAGAAGCAAUUUCAAGCCCAGGCAAUUUCAAUAAUUACUGGUCCUAGACACAGAAAAAAUAGACAUAUUCCUCAAUUAACACAAAAGUUCAAUUCCAAUCGAAACUUAAGAAACUCCAACCAGAAUUUAAGAAACAACAAUCGAAACUUAAGUUCCGAUUGUUGAUGUUUUAUUCGAAAGACUCAGACUCAUAUAUAAAGUAAAGUAAUCCAAUUUGGAUUCUUGUGUUUGUUAUAAGAAAGAAAAAUGGGAAAAAAUAAAUAGUUUUUUUAUUUAUUGCAACAUGCUCGUCGAUUCCUACCACUUAAUCUUAAUUUAUUGUAUCUUCCCGGAGUUCCCUCUCCGGGAAUUCGGUUUUAAUUAUUCCUGUAUAUUACUUUUUUAUCCUUUAAUUGAUGAUCCUUAUUUUAUUGGAAAUCGUGUAAAGAUUAUUUGGAUUUGAUACAGCUACUUGUGCAAGCAUUUUACGAUUAAGAAUCAAUUCCUUCUUGGACAGAUUGUGUAUUAAUUUACUAUAACUAUUGAAUACGUUAUAUACCCGUGUUGCUGCGUUUAUCCGAGUGAUCCACAAACGACGAAAAUCCCUCUUUUGCCUGCCUCUAUCUCGAUGAGAAGAAACAAAAGCUCUUCUUACUUGUUGAGUAAUCACUCGAUUAAGUCUUAAAUGAGCCCCCCUAAAGUUUGAGGCAAAUGAACGCAUUUUUGUUCGUCGUCUCCGAGCUAUAUAUCCUCGCGGAACUCUGGUCAUUGAAUCAAAUUAACCUUAAUGAAUAACUAAUGAUUUCUCUUCUUUUAACCCUCUUUUUUCCCAUUAAUAACUAAACGGAUUAUUCCGAUAUAUAAAAUAUUAAUUCCAAUGGCUUUUGCUACUAUAACCUUCCCAACCACGAUUUUUUAUUCUAUUUAGUUAUUUCGCAUAGAAAUAACAAAUUCUAACGAUACUAAAAAAACAGUGGGUUCCAUCGUUUUUAUGGUUCCCUUUUAAACGGCGAGGCCCUCUCUAUACACCGGAGCCCUUUCUUUCAUCAAAAGGUAUUGUGAACUUGUAUAGUUCACAUUCUUUGGCUCUACCUAUCCAUUAUAGAGUAAAUAACUCUUUUCACAAUAAGAGUUAUUCAUACAGUGACGGUAUUUAAUUAUGAAAGUUGGCUAAGUAGCUGACCCUUUAGUCCGUUCUUUUAAGAUAAAGGAGCAUAAGCCUUUUUCUUUUUAUUACUAUUUCCUCCGCUUAAUGGAUAACCAUUUGUUACCAAUGGGGGAAUUGCUUCUUCCAAUCUAGAUGAUUGGAUUUGCACCAAAGGAAACCAUAAAUUCCAUAUACCAUAGAAAUCUAGGAUAGAGCUUCUCUAUCCUAUUCAUUGGUACCGAUCAUGGAUACUUCAAAAAUUUUAUUAUUUGUUUGAACUCAUGAUCUGAACGAGUCGCACAUACACCCUAGCACAUGUUCCUCGACGCUGAGGACAUCCCUUAAGCGCGGCCGAUUUUCUAGCAUUUCGUAUUGGCUGUCUUGCAUUUCUAAUAAGUUGUUUAACCGUUGGCAUGUCGUAUGUAUAUAUAAAAUGGAUUGGUUUAGAUCGAUCUUAACCUGAUGAUUCAUCAUCAUGAAGUAUUUCUAUUUUCUAUAGCAUAAAACCCGAAUUUAGGUUUGAGAUAAAUUUACAAGAAAUCCACCCACUACCAAUCCUUAAACAUUUCUGGAAACCACACUGGAUCAGUAUCGCAGUGCUCGUCAAUCAUUUCAUCCCCUACAAUAUCGACAAGUCCAUAAGCUUUGGCUUCGUCUGCUGACAUAAAAACAUCCCUUUCCAUGUCUUCGGAUACAACCCAAAAAGGCUUGCCUGUUCUUAGUGCAUAAACCCUUGUGAUCAUUUCGCGAACUUUGUGUAACUCUUCCACUUCUAGUAAAAAUUCUGGUGUCCUUGCCCGAUAAUAAGCACUAGCAGGUUGGUGAAGCAUAAUCCUAGCGUGAGGGAAUGCUAUACGCUUGGUGGGUUCUCCUCCAAGCAGAAUGAAGGAGGCCAUGGACGCGGCUAUUCCGAGGCAUAUUGUAUAUAUAUCAGGUGUCACCGUUUGCAUCGUAUCAAAAAUCGCCAUUCCUGAGAUUAGCCACCCGCCAGGGGAGUUUAUAAACAAAAAAAUAUCGCUAUUUCCAUCUUCUAUACUGAGAUAUACCAUCAGACCUGUAAUAUGAUUUGUGAUCUCGCAACGAAUCUCUUGACCUAAAAAAAGUGUCCUUUCUCGAUACAUAACAUUGUAUAAGUCAACCCAAGUCGCUUCUUCAUCUCCGGGAAUCCGGUAAGGUACUUUUGGAACACCAAUGGGCAUAUUAGAUUAAUAUUAUUAAAUUUAAGUAAAAAAACUACACUUUAAUAUGGAAACGUAAGAAUGGAAGAGAAAGAAAGAAUCCGCAGUUUAUUAUCUUCAUUUUUUUUUUCUUAUUCUAUAAGAAUACUAUAGAUUCUAUUAAUACAUAGAUUGAAAUAUUCUACAUAUAAGGAAGGUAAAACAGAUUGAAUAAAGAAAAAAGAAUCCGUGAUUUGAAUGAUAAACAAAGAGGGAUGAAGGAUCUAUUCUUCGUUUUUCCAAAUAGCCCAAGCUACCCAUUGCAUAUUGGCACUUAUCGAGUAUAGAAUAGAUCUGCUUCUCUUUCUUCUUACAAACAGAAUUGGCUUGUUAUUUUUAAUGGAAUGAAAUAAAUAUUCACGCUUUCUGACAUAGAAUCCCCUAGAAGGGUUAGGUACAUAGAAUAAGUAUGGAUAGUCUUUUCCAAUGCGAUAAAAUAAAGCGACAUCGUGUCUAUUUUUCUUUGCUAAAGGGGUAUUUCCAUGGGUUUGCCUUGGUAUCGUGUUCAUACUGUCGUAUUGAAUGAUCCGGGUCGAUUGCUUUCGGUGCAUAUAAUGCACACAGCUCUAGUUUCUGGUUGGGCUGGUUCGAUGGCUUUAUACGAAUUAGCGGUUUUUGAUCCCUCUGAUCCUGUUCUGGAUCCAAUGUGGAGACAAGGUAUGUUCGUCAUCCCCUUCAUGACUCGUUUAGGAAUAACGAAUUCGUGGGGUGGUUGGAGUAUUUCAGGAGGAACUGUAACGAAUCCGGGUAUUUGGAGUUAUGAAGGUGUGGCAGGUGCGCAUAUUGUGUUUUCUGGCUUGUGUUUCUUGGCAGCUAUCUGGCAUUGGGUAUAUUGGGACCUAGAAAUAUUCUGUGAUGAGCGGACGGGAAAACCUUCUUUGGAUUUGCCCAAGAUCUUUGGAAUUCAUUUAUUUCUUGCAGGGGUGGCUUGUUUUGGCUUUGGUGCAUUUCAUGUAACGGGUUUAUAUGGCCCUGGGAUAUGGGUGUCCGAUCCUUACGGACUCACUGGAAAAGUACAAGCUGUAAAUCCUGCGUGGGGUGCAGAAGGUUUUGAUCCUUUCGUUCCGGGAGGAAUAGCUUCGCAUCAUAUUGCUGCGGGUACUUUGGGCAUAUUAGCGGGCCUAUUCCAUCUAAGUGUCCGUCCGCCUCAACGUCUAUACAAAGGGUUACGUAUGGGCAAUAUUGAAACUGUACUUUCCAGUAGUAUCGCUGCUGUUUUUUUUGCUGCUUUCGUAGUUGCCGGAACUAUGUGGUAUGGAUCAGCAACUACCCCAAUCGAAUUAUUUGGGCCUACUCGUUAUCAGUGGGAUCAGGGAUACUUUCAGCAAGAAAUAUAUCGAAGAGUUAGCGAUGGGUUAGCCGAAAAUCUUAGUUUAUCAGAAGCUUGGUCUAAAAUUCCCGAAAAAUUAGCCUUUUAUGAUUAUAUUGGUAAUAAUCCGGCAAAGGGGGGAUUAUUCAGAGCAGGCUCAAUGGACAAUGGGGAUGGCAUAGCUGUUGGAUGGUUAGGACAUCCCGUCUUUAGAGAUAAAGAAGGACGCGAGCUUUUUGUACGUCGUAUGCCUACUUUUUUUGAAACAUUUCCGGUCGUUUUGGUAGAUGAAGAGGGAAUUGUGAGAGCGGACGUUCCUUUUAGAAGAGCAGAAUCCAAAUAUAGUGUUGAACAAGUAGGCGUAACGGUGGAGUUCUAUGGUGGCGAACUUAAUGGAGUAAGUUAUUCUGAUCCUGCUACUGUAAAAAAAUAUGCGCGGCGUGCUCAAUUAGGGGAAAUUUUUGAAUUAGAUCGAGCUACUUUGAAAUCAGAUGGUGUUUUUCGCAGCAGUCCAAGGGGUUGGUUCACUUUUGGUCAUGCUACCUUUGCUUUGCUCUUCUUUUUCGGACACAUUUGGCAUGGCGCUCGAACCUUGUUCCGAGAUGUUUUUGCUGGUAUUGAUCCAGACUUGGAUGCUCAAGUGGAAUUUGGAACAUUCCAAAAAGUUGGAGAUCCAACUACAAGGAGACAGGCAGCCUGAUACCACAUUGCUAUGGUAUCUUUCACCUCCAUUUUUUGUUUGAUUUGACAUGAGGAACAUCUCCUGUCCUUUCUUUGACUCUUUUUCUUUUUUUAUAUGGGAAAUGAUCCCAAAUGAUAAGUGAAUAGGUGUGGAAGUUAUAAUUGUAAAUAAACCAGGAUCGAAUCUAUGGAAGCAUUGGUUUAUACGUUCCUUUUAGUUUCGACUUUAGGGAUAAUUUUUUUCGCUAUCUUCUUCCGAGAACCACCUAAGGUUCCGACUAAGAAAUGAAAUAAUUUAAUUGAAGUAAGAAGUCCCCCGGAGGGGAGACUUCUUACUUCAAUUAGUCCCCAUGUUCUUCGAAUGGAUCUCUUAAUUGUUGAGAGGGUUGCCCAAACGCGGUAUAUAAGGCAUACCCAGUAAAGCUUACAAGUAAACCAGAUAUGGAGAUGGCGACUAAAGUUGCUGUUUCCAUUUUUAUAGAAUUUCAAGAUUACAAUGGAUCUAUGAAAAGAUCGUGUAUUUACAACUACAACGGAAUAGUAUACAAAGUCAACACCAAUGAUUAAAUAGAAUUUAUGGCUACACAAACCGUUGAAGAUAGUUCUAGACCUAAGCCAAAACGGACUGGCGCAGGUAGUUUAUUGAAACCCUUGAAUUCGGAAUAUGGGAAAGUUGCUCCGGGUUGGGGGACUACUCCUUUUAUGGGGGUCGCAAUGGCUUUAUUCGCGAUAUUCCUAUCUAUAAUUUUAGAAAUUUAUAAUUCUUCUGUUUUACUGGACGGAAUUUUAACGAAUUAGGUUUCUACUAACUAAAACUAUGACUUCAUAGUUUUUCCAUCCAAAAAAAGCCUUUCUACUUUAAGCUCCACAUUUCUAGACAUUCUGGUAGUUCGACCGUGGAUUUUUUUGUUUUGGUAUCUCUGGAAUAUGAGUGUGUGACUUGUUAGAAUUGAUCCUAUUGAUAAUACAUAGAAGGGGCCUGUUAUCUCUAUCAAGAUGAUUCUAAUUCGUCAGAUAUUAUUUAUUCUAGUAUCUGGAACACGAAAUACAUAGAGUGGAUCAAAAAAAAAAGGAACUAUGAUUCAUACUCACUAUUUAGACCUCGCAACCAGACUUAAAAAAAAAAUGAAGUAGUUCUUAAUAAAAAAAGAAAUUUUCUUCCUUCCAAUUUUGUUUGCCCAAAAGAGAACUCUUUUCUCUUUCAAUAAAUGAUCAUCAAGCGGUUCUUAUUCGAAGAACCCUUGCCUUUUGUUUAUCUUGAGACUGAAUCAUCGUGGCUCUAGUAUGAAUCUAAGGUUUUAAUUGAACUGAUUCAUAGGAUCGCAACAAGAUAAUUUCUAUCAGAAAACCACUAGAAAUUUUGAUUUUAUUUUUUGACUAGUCAAAAAAUAAAAUCAAUAAAAAAUAGGGAA